UGAUAACCGCUAAUAAAACUUUGCAGUGUAGUUUGUUUUUCAUGGCGAUUUUUCGUGGCGAGGAACCGUUUCAAUGUACCAUGUUCCGAAGGCACAUCUGUAAAAUGGCUUAGCCACCGAAAAACUCGACGGCCAAGUGAAAGCGCUUUGAAACAAAUUUGUUGGAUGUAUUGGAGGGUGUUUAUCAUUUUAUGUGAAAUCUUAUUGUUGACUAUCAGUAUCGGAAAUGAAUUCUGAAAAUGGAACAGUUUUAUGGCAUUUAUGAACUUGUAUAAAAUUGUAAAAUGACGAGAUACUUGUGACAUCCGUUCGCGGUUUUGUAUGAGAUGAUGCGAUUGAAUUUCAAAACAGUCUUGCUUGUAUUGGUUGUCGCAACAUUGAGUUUUUUACUUACAUCGUGGAAUAAUUGUGGAAGUAGUUUGCUCUUUCAUACCUCAGAUUGGAAAACAAAGUAUCAACACAAGGAUCGUUCGAGUACAGAAUCGGGAUAUCAAGAAAUAGAUUGUCACAUAAAUGGCGAUUACUCGAUAGGAUGUCGUAAAGAAGGUGAUGAAGUAUACAUACCAUUUUCAUUUAUCCAUAAAUACUUUGAGAUUUAUGGGAAAUUAGCUACUUACGAUGGUCUGGAAAGAUUUGAAUGGCUGCACAGUUAUUCAAAGAUUGUAAAUCCCAAAGGAAAGUAUGAUUCUCGAGGUGUGUUUAUGACGUUUGAAAAUUACAAUGUUGAAGUGAGGGAUAGAGUUAAAUGUAUCAGCGGCAUCGACGGUGUACCGAUAUCGACACAAUGGGAAAGUCAAGGGUAUUAUUAUCCCACGCAAAUUGCUCAGUUUGGAUUAUCGCAUUAUAGUAAGAAUUUAACCGAACCAGAACCGCAUAGAAAAAUUAUUGAGGAUUCCGAUAAAGUUAAGCAAAAUUGGAAUGUUCCUCAAGGUUCGAUUAUGAACAGAGUGUACGACAAACAAAUUAACAGUUAUGUUGUAAAAUUUGCAACACCGGAAACUAGCAUUUCUGGGAUUUCUUUAACAUUAGAUUAUGUGCUGAAUUUUGUUUUAAAAUGGGAUCUCAAUAUUAAAGAUAAUGGAAGUAUUACAGUUGUACUGGAAUCGAAAGAGAAAAAGGAAACAUACUAUCUUCACUAUGUUACCAGCAACAUAGUAUUACAUAAUUAUAAUAAUCAUGUAUAUUAUGGAAUUGGAAUAGUUAAUCAUCAGUGGAGACGUUUUACUAGAGAUCUUUUAGUUGACUUACAAAAAGGUCUUUAUUUAAAUGAUAAAAGUAGAAAGAAAUUACCCAGAUCCAAGUUAAAGGUAGUUAAAAUUACUUUGUAUGGUUCCGGUAUGAUUGACAAUAUGACAUUAUCGACUAGCGAACAUAUGGAGCAAUUUUACGAUGCGGCAAGAUGGUUCGUCGCUAAUCAAAAUGUCACUUCUGGUGGUUGGUCGAAUCCUGUUAAGAGAAAAGUAGCAUCUGGAAUGGCUAUCCUUGAGCCUGGAUG